AUGGAAUUUGGGAAACUCUUGGAUCCCCCGUCAGACACAAUCAGCACUCCGGAAAACCACAAAAAACCCCAUGAAUGCUCAGAGUGUGGGAAAUCCUUUGGUCGCAGAUCAGUGCUUUUUACUCACAAGAAGAUCCAUGUGGGAAGUGGAUCCAGUCAAGGUUUGGAGGGAAUAAAAUCGUACAAAUGCUUUGAGUGUGGGAAAUGUUUCACCCGGCGUUCAAUUCUUUGGAGUCAUGAGAAAACACACAGAGGGGAGAAAAAGGAAAAGUGCCUGGAAUGCGGUAAAUGUUUUUACCAGAAAUCACACCUGUUGCGACAUCAGAGACUUCACACCGGAGACAGACCUUAUGAAUGCCCAGACUGUGAGAAACGAUUUAUAUAUUCUUCUGAACUUCGGAGACACGAGGAGAGGCACAAAGGAGAGUUACGCUAUAAAUGUGGGGAGUGUGGGAAAAGUUUUAGUUCCCUUGGAGGGCUUCAGAUUCAUCAGAGAAUCCACACGGGGGAAAAACCAUACAAAUGUGGGGAGUGUGGGAAAUGUUUUUCACAAAAACACCACCUUGGAAGGCAUGAGAGGGUCCACACAGGAGAGAAGCCGUACAGAUGCGUAGAAUGUGGGAAAUGUUUUGCUCAUCAGGGAGGCCUUUUGACACAUCAUAAAACCCACACAGGGGAGAAACCAUAUCAAUGCAUCGAAUGUGGACAGUUUUAUUCUACCACAUCCGCCCUUAAGAGACAUGUAAAAACUCACACAGGGGAAAAAAAUUACAAAUGUUUAGACUGUGGGAAAACAUUUGCUCAUGCGUGUUCCCUCAAAGGCCACAACCGAAUCCAUACAGGAGAAAAGCCCUAUAAAUGCUCGGAGUGCGAUAAAUGUUUUUCUCAGAAAGAUACUCUUUGUGGGAAAUGUUUUGCCCAUACUUCGUCACUUCGCAUACACACCAGAAAUCACACAGGAUAG